AUGGACAAUCACGAUACCUACCUUCAUCAUCCUUCGCCAUCCAGAGCGAUUCCCAAUUCUUCUUCCAUCGAUUUGACGGGCAACCCGGGACCUCCGUCACCUUCUCUCGAAGCCUCUGGAUCAACCCUCGCGCGCCGGAGAAGUUGGGGCAACCGCCUAAGGGACGGCGCUGGGACGUCGAACGGCUCCAGUCCGGACCCUCUGCAGCUUGAUCUUAAUACAGCAGCUCAAACGCAGGGAUCCCCCAGGCGGUCCGGGAACACCACAACGACUGCAGUUGGAGGCCGAGCUAUGACAUCGCAGGAAGACCCAUUCCAUGACGAACAGUCAAGGGGUUAUACGUACACCAUCACCUCUGCGCGCGGUUAUGGACCACGGACUGGUUUGGACGCCUUUGACACGGAUGUCUACUCGAACGCGCAGGCGGGACCGUCGAUGGCGUCACUUAUGGAUCAACAUCGAGGGCACUUCGAGCAUGAGAUUGAGGACGGGCAUCGGGAGGACGACGAGGCGCAUCUGACGGCGAACAUGUCGCGUUCUGGGAUGAGUGAUGAGGAUGCCAUGGCGGACCCCGAGCACGAUGGCGGGACCACACCGCGGUCGCGCAGGAAGACACUCCGGUACAGUGUGUCGCCGUCGCCGUUGAAGAAGACGGAGUCGGCGAUGAAGUCAGUGUCGAAGAACCUGCGUAGGAUGUCGUUGCGUGUUGUUAAUCUCGCGAACACGGGGCUGGAAGGGCAGCUGAGGCUCGGCGACGGUCAGGACAAGAAGGUGGACGAUGACGACGACGGACCGCCUGCGCCAGACCUGAAACGCGUCCUUCCUAUACGAGGCCGAACGUUAGGCUUCCUAGGCCCGGACAGCCAGAUUCGUCUAACUCUCUUCAGAUUCCUUGUACAUCCGUUGACGGAGCCAAUCAUUCUUAUUCUUAUUAUAGCCAACGCCGUAAUCUUAACGAUACAAGCCUUCACAUCUUUAACUCUACCAACUGCAAAUGGACCUACAUUACCGCCUCGUGUAAAGGGAUACUUUCAUUCAUGGGAGGACUAUGCUUUGUUCGCACUAUUUAUUAUAUUUACACUAGAGGCUCUUGCUCGUAUAUGCGUCACAGGUUUUCUCUUCGACCCCGAUGUUUCAAUAUUCUCGCCAUUUUCUUCGCAGUCGCAACUGGAACCGUAUACCCCCACACCCGCCCCAACGCCGGGCAUGGUUCGCCAAACGUCACUAACACGUGGGCGAACAAUCACGCAACGCCUUCAACGGAUAAAGCGCACGCUCAUGAGGCCAUUCGCCUUAUCACAACGGCCGCCUCCCCCUCAAUCUGCUGGCAUUCCCUCUGGUGGCAAUCAUCAUAGGGAAGACAGCUUUGCUGCGCGCAUACAUGACGCUGCGAACAGGGUGCACAACUUCAUUCGCGAACCCGCUGAGCCUACUUUCUUGUCCGUCGCUAUGCGUUCAGAAAAUCAUGCUACACAUCCAGAUUCAAUAUCGCUCCCCUUUCGUCUCAGUAUUGGUCAUUUGCACAACAAGACGCAGCGGAACGUUCCGUACCUACGGCAAAGUUGGAGUCGGAUCGACUUCAUUGCUAUCGUGAGCUUUUGGAUCACCUUCGCUUUGGCUAUGGGUGGUGUUGAGAGAGGAACUCAACAUAUCGGCAUCUUUCGGGCAAUGAGCGUCAUACGGACUGCUCGGCUUCUGACAAUCACUUCUGGUACAACUACCAUCAUGCACUCCUUGAAAACUGCCCGCCCGCUUCUGACGAGUGUGGCUUACUUCGUUCUUUUUGCCAUGGUCUUGUUUUCUAUCAUUGGCGUCCAAUCGUUCAAAGGCUCUAUGAGGCGAACCUGUGUAAUCAACCCCGCUCUUGGCGAAGGCCCGCACCUGAGGGAUGGCCAGUUCUGCGGAGGGCACGUCGACCCUACCACCUUCAAUGCUACAGGCUAUAUUCAGCUGAACAAUCAAUCCGUGGCCGACCCAAAGGGCUAUAUCUGUCCUCUUGGACAAGUUUGUAUGGAGCUAUCAAAUCCCAAGAGUGGCAUCGAGAGUUUCGAUGCCAUAUACUCUGCUGCCCUACAGGUUGUCAUUGUGGCGACCGCUAACGGAUGGACUCCUCUGAUGUACAGCAUGAUCGACUCUGAGUUCUUCGUGUCUUGUUUUUUCUUCAUUAUGGGGAUCAUCGUGCUCAAUUUCUGGCUUAUCAACCUGUUCGUUGCUGUGAUUACCAACACAUUCGCAGCAAUCCGGUCUGAAACUAAGAAGAGCGCCUUCGGUGCUGCGCCGCUAGUAGUACCACUCGAUAAGAACCAAGAUGACGCAUGGCCCAUCGUCGAUGGCCGAAAAGCAAUUACACGGUCUAACCCAGCAAAAACCAUUUAUGCCUACACGAAGUGGUGCUGGGUUCUGUUAGCACUGGCGUCCUUGGUCCUACAAGCAACAAGGACAGUCGACAUCUCUCCUAACCAUGAACUGGCUAUAUUUUAUGGCGAAAUCGCCAUCAUGAUUGCCUUCGAUUUCGAAAUCGUGCUUCGAAUACUGGCGACAUUACCCCAGUGGAGAACCUUCUUUCAGCACGGGAACAACUGGCUUGAUUUGUCACUUGCUGUGGCGUGCACGGUCAUACAGAUUCCCGUCAUUAGGCAAUCUAGCGUCUAUCCUUGGUUCACUAUCUUCCAGCUAGUACGAUUUUAUCGCGUCAUCCUCGUCGUUCCAAGGAUGAAACCACUUCUGCUCGCUGUUUUUGGCAACAUGUACGGUCUCGCAAACAUGGCCCUUUUUCUCCUCAUUGUCAACUACAUUGCCGCUCUGGUCGCCGUUCAGCUUCUUCGCGGAGACUUGGGCAAUGAUGCAACAAUCAAUUUUGGCGAGGUGUUCAAUUCGUUCCUUGCGAUGUAUCAGGUUUUCUCGUCAGAGAAUUGGGUAGACGUGCUAUAUGGUGCCUCAAUGGCGGAAGUUCCACUGGGGCAGACUGUCAUCGUUGUCAUAUUCAUCUCCGCGUGGAUGCUGUUUGCCAACUUUAUCAUGCUUCAAAUGUUCAUUGCUGUGAUCAACGAGAACUUCGAGGUGGCUGAGGAGCAAAAGAAGGGCAAACAAGCAUCAAACUAUUACAGCCAACAGAAGGCCCGACACGGUUCUGUCCCCUGGCUUAGACGCCUCAAUCCCUAUCGCUGGGUCAAGGCUAACCCGGAGACCGCCAAAGUCACGAAUCUUCCUUCAAAUCUCGUUCUCCCAAUGCAAAAGAAUUUAGUGCAAGAUUAUGCACUCUCUCGCUCUAAUACUCGCUCUAGUCAAAAAAAAACUACACAGCGGAAGUAUCGUUUCAUGAAGCCGCGCCAUUAUUCCUCUAAGUCCCUAACUGCUCUGCAACAACUUUUCACUGGGGACACCAAGACAGACGACAUCCCGAUGACCACUUUACGUCAUCAAGGACGAGAGCCAAGUACAGAUCCUCUGGAUGAGGAGAUGGAACGACAUUUGGAGCUUCUUGUAGCCGUUAACCCCCAAAUUGGCCUUGCAGAUGCAGCGGAAGACGAGUACCACGAACGUCGAGCGCAGAAGGCAGAUUUCAUCCGCGACCAUCCAACUUAUGAUAAAGUUUUUUGGGUCAUUGGUCAGAAGAAUCGACUUCGCAAAUUGUGUCAAAAGGUGGUGCAACCUGCCCGAGGAGAGCGCAUCUUUGGAACUCCACCUUCUCCUGUCGCACACACCAUCUUCCAGCUCAUCCUCCUUUUCACGGUCAUCGGUGGAAUUGCUAUCGAGGCCAUUGCUACCCCCAUCUACCGGCGCAACUACUUCCAAAAGUUCGGGUUUGUUCGCGGUGCUUGGUUCGAACUCGCGGAAGCCUCAUUUGGCUUCACGCUGUUUGUUGAAUUUAUGAUCAAGAUCAUCGCCGAUGGAUUCCUCUUCACCCCCAACGGCUACCUUCGCAGUAUCUGGAACUGCUUGGAUUUUAUCAUCAUGAUAGGUAUCAUUGUCAACGUCACCACAGGGCUCAUCUUCAUUGGGGGCUUGAGUCGGUUUACGCGUGCCCUCAGAGCUUUGCGAGCUUUGCGACUCAUCACGCUCAUCGACAAAAUGAGGAGCACGUUCCAGACCCUGAUUAUUUCAGGUGCAAUUCGGAUACUUGAUGCUGCUGUCCUCGCGAUUCUCUACAUGAUUCCUUAUGCUGUCUGGGGCCUCAACAUCUUCAAUGGAAGAAUGAACUUAUGCAACGAUGGUGAUGUCGACGGUAUCUCUGAUUGCAUUGGUGAAUACGUGAACACUGUCUACGAUGACGCCUGGGGAUUUCCGGUUCCUCGUGCUUGGGAUAAUCCAUCUCCGUCGACCACAUUCAGUUUCGAUUCAUUCCGCUCUUCACUGCUGAUCCUCUUCGAGAUUGUAUCUCUAGAAGGAUGGAUUGAUGCCAUGGGUGUUGCCACUAGCAUCACAGGGCCUGGUCAGCAACCACAAGUCAAUGCCUCUCAAGCCAAUGCCAUUUUUUUCCUCAUCUAUAACUUAAUGGGUGCUGUAGUUGUUCUGACCCUAUUCGUUAGUAUCAUCAUAGGAAACUUCAGUUCCAAGACCGGAACUGCUCUCCUGACAACAGCUCAGCGAGAAUGGAUCGACCUUCAAAAACUCUUCAAGAGACAGAAGCCCUCCAAGCGGCCGAAGACCCAACCCACAGGCCGCUUCAGGAAAUGGUGUUUCGAUCGUGCUGUCCAGAAGCACGGCUGGUGGUCACGAGCAAUGACCCUAUUAUUCGUGCUGCACAUUAUCGCACUAAUGACGCAAUCUUUUUCGACCCACCAUUUUUCGGAGGUCUUCAGGAAUGAUUUCUUUCUCGCGCUGAUGUUUAUCUACCUGGUGGACGUCUUUGUCCGUUUCUUUGGACUUGGAUGGCGCAGUUUCCGUGCAAAUGGCUGGAAUCUCUUUGACAUGGUUGUCGCAAGUGGUAGCUUCUUCACCACCCUCAUUGUGCAGUUUGGCAACCUUGGCUAUGGCGUCCAACAACUCCAAAAAUUGUUCCUUGUCAGCAUUGCCUUCAAGCUCGUCCAGCGAACGAACAGCUUGAACAUGCUGUUCAAAACUGCUGUUGCGAGUUUGCCCGUGAUCCUCAGUUUGCUUGGUCUCUGGCUCGUGCUGUUCAUCUUUUUCGGCAUCUUGUUUGUCGAGGUGUUUGGCCUGACCAAGUGGGGAGGAGCAGAAACAGCUACAACAAAUUAUGCCUCCUUGGGAUCUGCCUUGGUCAUGCUGGCAUUCCAGAGUACUGGUGAAGGUUGGAACCAAUACAUGCAUGACUAUGAUUUGACCUAUCCACGUUGCACCAAUUCGUCGCCUACAGAAGUCGACUCGGAUUGCGGAAGUACGGCUUGGGCUUUUGCGCUUUUCAUUGCCUGGAACCUGCUCAGCAUGUACAUCUUCGUGAACAUGUUCACUGGUGUUGUUGUGGAAAACUUCUCCUACGUGUUUCAAGCAUCCGGGACUGGGUCCAAAUCGAUCUCACGAGAGCAAAUGCGGUCCUUCAAGAAGGUGUGGGCGGAGUUUGCCAACAGGAAAACGGGCUAUUUGGAGCGACAUCGCUUUGCUGCCUUCUUUUCGAAACUCAGCGGCGUUUUUGAGGUUAGGAUUUAUCCGGUAGAAUAUCACAUCCGAAGCCUCCUCAGUAUCGCCCGGGACCCAUUGGACAAGCAGGCCUGGCACUCACGGGUCGUGGAAGGUGUCGAUUUAAGUAAGCUUGAGAAAAUCCUGGACAGCGUCGACUACACCGAGAUCCGAAAGAGAAAGGCAAUUUACGGCCGCCUCUUCCAUGAAGCUAGCAUUUCCCAUGAGCAGGGUCUCGGGAUCUCAUUCACGGAUAUGUUGACUUUACUGGCACACCACAAGCUCAUUGUCGACGCGGAGGCUUUGGUAUUGCAUGACUUGGUUGCUAGGACGGAAACCAAUAAAUUGGUUACCGACCUUGUCAAUUUGGAUCGUGUACGAUCUCUACUAAAGACGAUCUCUCAUCGACGCCGAUUCCUUGCACAUUUGGAGAAAAAGCGAUCAGAGAAGUACGAAAAAGAAAUCCCUUCAAUUGUCGUGGAGCCGAUGCCAGGGACGCCACCACUCUCAUCGAGGGAUAUUGCAAGCGCUGGCUAUGAACACUCGUCCCCAGAAAGCCCGUUACCCGUUGACGUCCGGUAUAGCCAUCCGGACUACUCCCUAUCGAUGGACAUGUCGGGUGGAUCUAGGCUGCAAAGGAGCAGUAGACGAGUCAGCGAGUACAGCACGUUCUCCACGGAUACGUCCAGAUCCCCGCGAACUUCUUUGGUGGACGACGACCCACAGGACGUCGUCACUGCUAUGCAAAGCUCGGUAUGGGGAGAUCUAAUGAUGGAGGUUGCUGAGGAGGAGAAAGGCAACAGGAGUUUCUAG